AUGCAAAACAAGCGGGAUUUAGUGUUCGAAGUUAUUGUUAGCAAAGGAGUAAAACUUCUAAUGAGAUCUUGGGAAAAGAAUAUGUGUUCCAAAGAAGUUUCUAAUGGAAGUGAAAGGCGGCGAGGUGUAGUACGAAGUGGGUGUAAGACUAAGACUACGUUUUUGAAGGUAAGAGAAGGAACAAAAUACAUAAUUUCCAACUUUGUGGAGGGCCAUAAUCAUGCUUUGACAGCCCCUCAAAUGGUACAUUUGUUGAGAUUGCAUCGCAAAAUUUCUGAAGUUAAUAAAGCAUUGGCACAACAAUUUGGUGAUGUUAAUAUCCCAACACAUCAACAAUUUAGUCUUCUUGAAGUGCAAGCAGGAGGGAUGCAAAACAUUGGAUAUACAAACAAAGAUUUAUAUAACUACGAAAGACAAUUGCAUAGAAAGAUGAAGGGGCAUGAUGCACAAAUGUUGAGUGAGCAUUUAAUUGGUGAGCAAGCAAAAAAUGAAUCUUUCUUCUUCAUGAUAGAGGCUGACGAUGAUGAUAGGCUUAAACAUUGUUUUUGGGCUGAUCCAACAUCUAGAAGAGCUUAUAAGUUUUAUGAUGAUGUGGUUGUAUUUGAUACCACUUACAAUAAUAAUCGAUAUGGUAUGGUAUUUGCCCCAUUGGUAGGGGUUAAUAACCAUGGUCAAACUAUUCUUUUUGGUGGUGGUUUCUUGAGCAAUGAGACCAUUGAGUCUUUUCCUUGGUUGUUUGAGCAGUUUAAGAAAGCUAUGCCUGCUAGUCCACCCAAAAUAAUUAUUACAUAUCAAGAUCCAGAGAUGGGAAAUGCUAUUUCACAAGCUUUAACAGGUGUGUUUCAUAGAUAUUGCAUUUGGCACAUUUUGGAUAAGUUUUCUCAAAAGAUAAACACUUGCAUUUAUAAGGAUGAAAAUAGAGAACUUCAAAGUUGUGUGUGGGAAUCAGACACAAAGGAAGAAUUUGAGUCAAAGUAG